AUGAGUGCAGCUACUAUCAUAUUCUACUUGAUCGGCUCUAGUCUUGUUGCUGGGCAGCCUGUCUUCAGGCUGCCUAUUGUCUUCCAAGACCUGGCCCCGUAUGGGAAUGGGAUGUUCUAUGCCUUCCACGAUGAGCAUCAAAAUGUUGUCCACGCUCUUCUGGAUACUGGAGCUGCCGACUUCCAUUUCAUCUGGAAGGACUGGUACGAGGCGGCAACCAAGCAACCUUGUCCGGCCACUGGGUGUUACCAAUGUCAACAGCCUUGUUCACCCGCGCCGCCCUAUCAAGUGACCAAGUAUGAUGAUGGCGUCGAAGUCACAUCAUUUGAGCAUAAAGCUCAACUUUCACUCGGUUCGGCUCCGCCAGUGGAUCUCACUUUCGGCCUCAUGUUCAAGCAAGAUCCUCCACCCACAGAGAGCGAACCGAUAAGUUCACUUGGUCUUAGUCUGCGAAGCAGCGGUAGAACAAUUCCCUCAUUCAUUGGGCAGCUUCGCUCGACUGGGAAAAUACCAAGCAACACCUUUGCUUUCUACCUAUCCUCAGCUGGCGGGAAGGCCCCCUUCAAUGGUGAGUUGCUGGUGGGAGGAGGUGAUGCUUCGAAGUACGUACCACCGCUGCAAUUAAUCCCAUUCUCUACCACCUUCGAGGGCGACUAUUCCGUUGAACUCGGGUCUGUGAAAGUGAAUGAUGCUCCGCAAAUUACCACUCCCGGCGACGACAUUCUCUUGGACAGUGGAACCAAUUUCUUCUACGUCUCACCAGAAUACUACGAUGAUAUAACUACGGAUGUCAAGGAACAAGCUGACAAGAUUGCUGGGAGACCAGUGGAUAUAAAAUACGACGCGAGAGCUAAUCUGUGGAGAUUCUCAUGUGUUUAUAUGAACGUCUUGCCACCCCUGUCUCUGGGAUUGGGUCCUCAAGGGACUGUACCCUUAAAGCUGACCCACCUGAACUACGCCUUGGAUGAUAAUGGUUCCUGUUUCCUGCUUUUCAAGAAAGGGGAAAAAGAUGAACCCUGGAUGCUUCCUGCUCAUGCUGUCAUCGGAAAUUACUUCGAGUUUCAGCCUGAUCAGGGACGACUGGGAACCGCUCCAGCAAUCGCCUGA